AACACUAAAGACGAUGCUUGGAAAGAUUACUUUUCGCCCCAAGAACUCCAUCAAAUCAACACGCUGAACCCUAUCGAACUUCCAUCGCUACCUGCUUCCCUCAAGGAAUACUUUUUGUCGUAUCAAGGAAAGAAAACAUUGGAUCAGCUUUUGGAGCAUCGCAAACGACACGACUUCGAUCCAAGAACCCAACCUGACUUGUAUUGGGCUCAGAAGUCGAUUAUCCAUGCAACAGAUCUUUUUUUGUACCAGCAAUUACCUGCGACCUAUGAUACUGAAAGUGAUCUCAUACGUAAAAAAUGGGGGUUUGUGCAGUCCUGCUUUUAUGAAUCGAGAUUCCGUGUCCAAAGUGGAGAAAAGUCCAGCAUUAGUUCCUCAAUAAGAAAAAAUUCAAACCGAUCUACCAAUGAAGAAGGUCAACUCAACAGGAAAGUGGUUGGCACAAAAGUUGACCUUAUCAUCAAGCAAGGAAACUUAGAAUACAGUUGCAUGGAAGCUGGUUGUUCAGACGAUCCAUUGAACACCAAAGGCGUAGACGAGGGUAGAUUGAAACUUCCAAGGACUUUGAAGGAUAUUUUGUGUCGUUUGACGAAGGAGGCACCAGGAAAAAUGAACGAUAUCAAGGUUGCAGGUUUGGUCAUUUCUAACAUCAACAUCACGUUGUACAUCGAAGACUGUCCUGCUGGUUCAGUGACAAGGUUAAAAAGUAUUGGUCCUUACGAGUUUCCCGGAUCUGUCGAAAAAUUCGCAAAGAAAUUCAUUCCGCUCCUUGCUCUGGUUUGGCAAACCAAAGUUAUCAUGAAAAAUACGCUACAAAUUAUAAAUGCUGGUGAAGAAAUCAUUUUUCUAUCGAUCGACGGCCCAGAACCCCCACAAAUUCCACCUUGCAUGCCAUCUCCAAAACUUGGCACAAAAAGAAAACACAACCAAGUCGACAAUCUAAAUAAAUAUUUUUACACUACCGAACCUGCCUUUCAUUAUUGA